CUGCGCGUGCACGUGUCGAGCGAUGAGGAUCCGUUUUUUUAUCACGCGAUGGAAGUGCGGGAGGAGGAUUACGGGCGGUUGCGCGCGGAGCAGCGCUUGGUGGUGAACUUUGAUGAGUUCCCGCGCGCGUUGGUGCGGUUGAUUCGCGCGUGCGACGGCGCGAGUGGGGUUGGGAAGAAGAAGGAUGUGUAUUGCGUGCUGGAGACGCCGUCUGAGUCGUCGGCGUCGACGCUUUCGAUCGUGGAGACGAAUGAGUUUAAUCAGUUUACGCACGUGGCGCUCAAGUUUAAGCCGGCGUCGGAUCGAGCGGCGAAACGUAUCCUCGCGGGGCUUUUGCUGGAUGCCAAGGAUCGCGAGAGAGAGUUGAAACGAUUUGAAACGCUCUAUCGCGAGUCGCAAGACGCCCUCGAGAUCGCGCGCGCGAAAUCUCUCGAGGCGCAGAUGAAGUACGCCGAGUCGUCGGCGAACGGCAAGCGAGAAAUCUUGGACGAACUCGAACGCUCGAGGGAGCGUUACGAGGCCGACAAGCGCGAGCUGCGCAAGCGCAUCGAUGAUAUUUCUAGCGAAAAGUCCGAGACGGAGCGCGAGAAGUUUGCGGCGCAAAAUAAAGUGAGCGAGUUGGCGACCAAGCUCGGUUUGAUCGAGGGCGAACUCGCGAUCACCAAGCGCGAGUUGCAACGCGUGCGAGAAGAAAACGCCGCGCUCGACGCCGAAGUUCACGAGCGCGACAAGGCGCACAGCUCGCGCGCUUUGCGCGUCGAGUGGCUCGAGAAACAGCUCGAAGAUAAGGAGGAAGUGAUCGAAUUAUUAAAGUCCAGACUCGACGCGAGCGAAGAGCACAAAGUCGCCCUCGCGAGUUCGUGGGAGCAAGCGCGUCGCGCGCUCGGCAAGGCGGAGGAGCGCGUCGCGGCGAGCGCGGCGGAGAUCAACAAAGGCAACGGUAUCAUCGAGGAUUUACAAAAAGAGGUGCGCGCGGCGAAGAGCAAGACGAAGAUUCAAACCGCCGUCAUCAAAAGACAAGAAGCCUUGCUCGAGGAGCGUCUGUCCAGCGUCAACGUCGCCGCGGGCGAGCGCGCCGAGGCCUCCCUCGAGCAACGCGAACUCGCCGCCGCCAACGCCGCUCUGCGCGACGAAAAAGCCGCGCUCUCCCAAAAGCUCGCCGAAUCCCACGCUCUGUUACAGAGCAAUCAACAAGUCAUCGAAUGGCUCAACGCCGAGCUCACCGACGCGACCGCGGGUCGUCCCGUCGCCGCCUUCGCGUCGUCCGCCGCCCCGCGUUCG